AUGCAAAGACCACAUCGCCAGGUUUUGUCUUCGACGUCGUCGCCAGGCGGGUCGCCUACGAACGAACCGGAUAUCCUUUCUCAGGAAGAUGAUCUGGAGGUCGAAGAGUAUGUGCCUGAGGCAGACCAGCAGCAGAGGCCUCCUCCCAUCAGCAGACGGUACACACAUGAGGACGCUGAGUCUUUGGUUGGUGGACAGAGCGUGGAGCAGCCAGAACAGGCUGAUAAGGAGUAUACGGGCGAGGCGAAGGUUUUCUCGUUCUCGUUGCCGUUUGGCGGUGGGCUUUCGCUGUUGACGUCUAGCAUUAAGCUUCCGUUUGGUAACAAUAACACCAAGGACCAGGAUCCGGAAUUGGAGCAUAUCAGGCUCAGAUUGAAGAGACAGGAGUCUGUGCUGACGGCAGAAGAAGCAAAGUUCUUUUCCCAUUUUAAGGGUACCGAUGAUGUGCGUUUUAGAGCUGUCAAGGCUUCCAUCAAAGAGAACAUCUCGGAGUUCUUGCCUGACUUUAUCCACACGAAACAGAAGAAGGAGCCGUACGACGCUGUUUUCAGUAACAUCGACGGACCCAUUGUGGUGAUGGGCGGCUACAGAGGCCUGAUUUUGAGGGAUACCAAAACUCGUAAACGUGUAUGGAUUCCAUUGAAGGCUGGCUUCAACCUUCGAAAGAUUGAUCUUCUUCUUGGCUCGUCGCUUGACGAUGAAUUGAAGGCUACCGAUUUGAUUUAUCCAGAUGGUGUGCUUAAAAACGUUGGUCCAAUUGAUAUUUGCAAGCGUUUGAUCAAGCGUUUGGAUAGUAACCCCAAGACCGUGGUGAAAGAGUUUGGCUACGACUGGCGUCUUGAUCUCAACCAGACAAGUGACCAGCUUGUGGAUUUCCUUGCCAAACUUAAAAAGGAAACGGGAAAACCUGUUAUCGUCAUUGCCCACUCCAUGGGUGGUCUUGUUACUCACGGUGCAUUGAACAAGAACCCUGAAUUGUUCAGAGGUAUCAUUGAUGUGGGCGUGCCGAGCGAAUGUCUAAACAUCCUUGGACCUAUCCGUUACGGUGACUCGAUUCUUCUUUCAGAUAAGAUCUUGACCUUCGAGACCAACUUCAUGAUGCGCUCCUCGUUUGUCUUCUUGCCAUUGUCUGGUCGCGUGUUUGCCAAUAAAGAUACUGGAGAGUUUUAUGACCUAGACUAUUUUGAUCCAGAAACUUGGGUCAAGUAUAAUUUGAACCCUCUUGUCUCGGAGUCCAGGCGUAUCCAAGAACAAGAAGGCGGCAGCAGCCAGACCCUGGCUUCUAUUGAUACUCUUGUUCUGGAUACACUCAGCCCGCCAAAGCAAAGCAACCCAUUUAGGCAGCUGCUGGCGGAGUCCGACUCGUCCAAUUCCACGUUAAGUGCUUUUGGAAAGAUCAAACUCUCGAGACCCAAGAGUCUUAAUAGAAAGAACAAGCCCCCUACGCUUACAAACGCUCAAAUGCAGAGGAAACACAAAUCAUCCCCUGCCAGCCCUGCAUCUCCUACACCUUCCAACGACGAACUAUUUCAUGACUUUACAUUUUCAUUCACAUUCUCCGAGGCAUACGAGUACUUAAAGAGAGUUCUCAAAAGCACCAAGGAGUAUGUGUUAAGCCUCGACUAUAAAGAGGAGUACAAAAGACGGUACCCACCUAUGGCCGUUGUCUACGGCAACAAGAUUCCUUCCUUGCGAGGCUCCCAUGUCCGGAAUCUCCAGGAUAUCAAGGACGGGAACUAUUAUGACUUUUUCUAUGGCCGCGGAGACGGCGUGGUUCACCAGAAGUGGUUGAUGCCUGAAGAUAAGGGGUUCACGUUCUACAACCCCGAGACGAAGGAAGGUCAGAUUGUGGGUAAAUUCGAGUCAGAUGCUGGCCAUGUGAACUUGAUGGCCGACCAUAAAGCUAUGGGACUCGCAUUGGAUUCGAUUCUUCGAGCCGAAGAGUUUUGGCAGCGUGACUGGUCUGCUGAAAAAGGGGCCGUGCAUGUUUAG